AUGUUGUCCUUUCUGCGUGCCAAAACGUUACCACGAACCAACCGUGCGAAGGAGAACCCGAUCAUCUACGAGGAUGGUGCUUCGUCCCUCGAAUUUCGGCCCUCUGCAGACCCGCAGACAUAUCUCCUCAGAAACAUGCAUCCACCUUUCAACCAGAAGGACCCUUCCAUCAUGGUUCCUCCAUUCCACUUUCACAUGUAUCAGACUGAGCAUUUCCGGAUAGUGUCUGGAAAGUGCUAUUUAUUCAAGGAUACUUCUGACACCCCUUGGAGAAUUUUGGAUGAGAGCGACCCAAAUGCUGCAAAAACGGCCUUCAUUCCUCCCAACCAAUACCACACGAUCAACAAUGCCUCCACCACGCAACCACUGCUCUUGGAUAUUUCUCUUACCCCUGAGGACAUCGAUGGAGAAGAGAGAUUCUUUCGAAAUUUCUUCGGAUACCUGGAUGAUUGCAAGAAAGAAGGGCAAUCACCGAGUAUUUUUCAGCUCUUUGCGUUCUUGCAGAGCGCUGAUACCCCACUCGCACUACCCAUCGCGCCGAGAUGGUUCGGUCGAUUCUUGAGCAGGGCAUUAAUGAAUGCCAUGGGAUAUUUUGGGAGAUGGAUUUUGGGUUACAAGUCUACAUAUGAUGAGUAUUAUGUCGCAAAAGACAAGGCACUAUGA